GAGAGUCACGUGACAGUCCGCCCACUCUCCCUUCAUGAGCUGCUAUGUCAAAGUGGCUGUUUAACCAUUUGGACUGGCUCGUUAAACAUUCCCUUGUGUGAUCAACAAAACGACAACAAGCAGGACCAUGUCGAUGUUCAGCACGGGCAUCCUGGUGCUGACGUCGCCCCUCCACACCCUGCGCAUCGCCCCCGUGCUCCGCUCGGCCGCCCAGCUGGUAGAGCGCACCCUCUAUGUCCACCUGCACCCGGGCCUCAACCUGGGCGGCGGCCAAGCGCGGCCCGUCUUCCUCCCGCCCGCCGUGGACCUGUGCUCGGUCAUCACGCGGCUUUACAGCAACGCAGCCGACGUGUGCGCGCACCUGGACGUCCGCGUCCUGCUCACCCACAUCCACCCCUCGUGUGGCAAGGGAGGGCCCUUCCCCACGCCGCAGUACCUGUCGCACUCCCCCGAGGUGCUCCUGACGGACUUCCCCGCACGGGACCCGGCGCAGUCGCAGCAGGUGAUGCAGUGCCUGCAGGGCUACGCCGGAUGCUGCUACGCGUGCCGGCCCGGCCUGCCCUCGGUGUUGCUCCCCCCGCAGCUGGUCGAGCCUGAGGAGGAAUUGGAGGGCGGCGAGAAGGAUCAGGGUAAAGUGCUGGAGACGUACCCGGACGUGGUGGUGGGCGGCACCUUCGACCGCCUCCACGGGGCCCACAAGACCCUGCUCAACGUGUCAUGCUUGCUCGCCACCAGACGCUUCCUCAUCGGCGUGUGCCACCAGGGAAUGCUAAAAAAAAAGGUCUUGAAUGAGCUGAUCCAGCCGUACGAGCUGCGCGUGGAACGGCUCGAAGAGUUCCUGAGGGACGUCAAGCCCUCGCUGCAGGUGGAGAUCGUGCCCCUGGAUGACCCGCUCGGGGUGUCGGUAGUGGACCCCCUCCUGCGCUGCAUCGUGGUCAGCGAGGAGACCCGAAAGGGGGGUGAGGCUGUCAACAGGAAACGCAUUGAAAAUGGCCUUCCCGCUUUGGUUCUUCACGAAAUCCAGCUGCUGAAGGAUGCGCAUCACUCCGAAACCGAGGAGGAGAAGAUAAGCUCGUCCAGCCUGCGCUCCCGCUUGCUGGGAACCCUCCUCAACCAACCCAAGGCCACGCCGCAUCUCCCUCUGCAGCCGUAUGUGAUCGGGCUGACGGGCAGGAGCGGCAGCGGCAAGAGCUCGGUGGCCAAGCGCCUGGAGGACCUAGGCACCGUCCGAAUCGACUGCGACAAGCUGGGCCACCAAGUCUACGAGCCGGGCAGCGCCGCCUACCGCCGCAUCCUGGAGGAAUUCGGAUCGGAUAUCCUAAAUGAAGAUCAAACCAUCAACAGAAAUGCUCUCGGGAAGAAGGUUUUUGGACAACAGGAAAGAUUAAAAGCGCUGACGGACAUCGUGUGGCCUGAAAUUGCGCUUCUCGUCAAGAACAGAAUCAGCCAAGCCAGGGAAGAAGGCAAAGACGUAUGCGUGGUAGAUGCAGCGGUUCUUCUGGAGGCGGGCUGGACAGACAUGGUCCACGAGGUGUGGGUGACCAUCAUCCCCGAGGAGGAGGCAGUCUCGCGGAUAAUGCAGCGAGACGGCGUUGGGGCCGAGGACGCCCGGCGCCGCAUGCGAAGCCAGAGUUCUGACACGCAGCGGCUGGAGCACGCCAACGUGGUGCUCAGCACGCAGUGGGAGCCCGACGUCACCCACCAACAGGUAUUAAAGGCCUGGAAUCUUCUACAGAAGAGGAUACAGCAGAGGCGGGCGGCACGGUAGAAAAGUUGAACGGUACCACCACACACUUGAGUGCCUCUUUAGUCUUCACCCCUUUCACAUGGAUUAAGAGGGGACAUCAGAUAUAUUUGAUGAACUUUGCAGCCCUGUUUUCGGUUUCUCCCCGAUUCUGGGUCAGUGCUUUUUAUACAGAUGUCUUUUACCCACAAGCUAUCCAAUUGUGCAUUUUAUGGACUUUCAAGAAGCUUCAAUUUUUUGAAGUCAACUUUUUGGGCUAAUAAAGGGGGACAGAACAUUUCACUGUAUUAUUGUUUCCACAAAUAAAUUGAUUGUAUAGAUGCUGAAAAGACA